GUGCCGCGUCGGUACAUAAUCUUUACGGUCAGGGUCAACGGAACGAAGCAUGUGUUGUGUUGUGUACACUGUACGCUCGCUUUGUGUUAACCGGCCAUAUUGGAAUGCUUGUAGUGAUUGCACCAUCCCGGUUGUGGGCUUGCGGCGGUGACGGCGGUGAUGUGGUUGGUAAAGAACGUUUUUUACCCUUUAUCUCCGUUGAUUUAAAAAAUCGUAAUAAAAGAAUAAUAAAUAAUGAUGCAAAUGUCUGCAAAAAAAAAACACAAAUAAAAAACCAAUAAUUGGCUUAUUUAACCAUAAAUACAAUUCGCCAUAACGGAAUAAUAUUGUUCGUUUCGAUAGCGAUUUUUUUUUUUGUACGGGGGUACCGGCAACGACAAUCGGGACACGAAAAACCAACCGCGACCGUGUUGCACGAUAAAAUAUUAUUAUCGUGAAAAAUAUUGUACGCGCGCGCGUACGGUUUUUUUUUUUCUCUCCCCCGGCAUCAACGCGCGCGCCAUUUACGCACCGAGAUAUUAUAUUAUUAUUAUUCCAUAGUACCGUACUCGGGCCGCCGGAUCGUGUAAACACAACGUUACUCGCGUACUACGCACGCCGCCGGUCAGCCGGACUAAUCGUCAAGUAAUCAUAGACACCCGUGUCCGAGUACAGUGGAUCACAACAAUACGUCGAUAGAUAAUUAUUGUCAUUAAUGUGCUGCCUAUCUCGUGGUGGCAGUGGACUACGUCAACGACGACAACAACAAUAUCAACAACAAUAACAACGCCGCACUGAUAAUGAUAAUGCGACCGCCGUCCGAACCGGAUUCGACUGUUCAAAGUGUUCGUAGUUGGUAGUUUUAAACGAUCGCGGGACAUGACCCAUGCAGUUCGGAUUGGAUGGUAACUGUACCCGCUCAGUGACAUGUACCCAGUUUCGUCAGGUAAUGAAAACUAUGUACAACAGACACCUACAUGCAGCUAAAUAAUCAUUUUGUAAAACGAAUGACCGAACUGGCAAACUAAGUCUUUGGGCCUAUUCUAAACACACCAUACAAAAUAAAUAAAUAGAAUGGAUGUAUUUUGAUUGAAUAUGAUUUUAAUAGAAGUAAUAAAUCACCAGGUCUUGAAAUCAGUAUAAAUGAUUUCUUAAACUAGUUCAGGCUUCCAGUUAAUGUAUAUCAUUUAUAACUGUUAUAAAAAGGGUUUGAGACUUAUAGGAUUUACAUGUUUGUUUGUACUACAUGAAAAGACGGCAAAACUGGGUCCAUAUGAUCUCCAAGAGUCUAGGACUAAGAUGAGCGGCGGCGCAAGCCCAAGCUCUGCGUUGCCCAAAAAGAAGAAAAAAAGCGACGCCAAGGGUCAAUCUCAAUUAAACAAGUGCCGUAAUGAAAAACGUCGUCGAGAACAGGAAAAUAUUUACAUCGAGGAGCUGGCCGAGUUGAUCUCAGCUAGUUUUGCGGACAUGAAUUCCUUGUCUGUAAAACCUGAUAAGUGCGCCAUUUUACAGGAAACUGUGAAUCAGGUGCGAGCCGGGACUCAUAGACUUUCAUCUGAUCAAACAGAAAGUUUAAUUAGUACAGAAGCCGCUGUUCAACAAGGCGAAGUAUCUUCGUCAAAACCAACUAGAAUAUCAAAUACAGAGUUGGCACCUUUGUUACUUUCGGCAUUAGACGGGUUUUUAUUCGUUGUAAAUGCAGACAGUCAAAUAGAAUUUGUGACAGAAAAUAUACAACAAUUUCUACAUUAUAACAAAGAAGAAUUACUUGGUAAGAGUGUUUAUAAUAUUAUUCACCACGGUGAUCACACCAAGUUUGGUGUUCUUUUAAACAACCCAUUGUUAAUCUACGACUCGCCUAUCGGUUCUCUGGGCUCUAACGUACCAACCACUCCUCUUAUGGAGCAAUCGCCCUCUGGUUCCAAAGGGAACAAUUGGAAUCAGAGGUUUACUAAAAAAUUUAAUUGCCGGCUAUUAAUCAAACCUCCAUCUGAUCAAGACCAAACUAUCGAAGAAAAACAGACAAGAGUUAGCCAGUACGAAACAUUACAGAUAUCGUCUACAAAAAUUAAUGGUGGUAUGGUCGAUGACGAAGAUAGUACAGAUGGCGUUAGCCAGAAUUUGUUAUGCAUAGCACGACGAGUGCCGUAUAAUGAAAAACAUUUAAGUCCUCCUUUGGAGCAGUUUACAAUUAAACUUGAUCAAAAUGGGAAGAUUUUGGCUUUGGAUACCAAAGAUGUAUCUGAAGUUUAUGCUCAACACAUAAAUAAGGAUUGUUUAGUGGGUAGAUUGUUACAUGAUAAAUGUCAUAAGAAUGAUGUAAUAAAAGUGGCCAACCAUCUACAAGAAACACGUCGGGCAGGUUUCGGUACAAGUCCAGUUUAUAAGUUACACUUAGUUGAAGAUAAAUAUGUAAAGGUUCAAACUAAGUCUAAGUAUUUCAAAAGUAAUGAAAAUCAUGAAAUGGACUUUAUAAUGGCAGCACAUUCAAUCAUUGUUGAUAGUGAAAUGUGUGCUAUGAUUGAGAACAAUAGUGCUCGAGCAGCAGCAGAACAGAUGAAUGCCUCAUUCAAUGGGACAGAUCCAUUAUCAUUAAUGUCUAAUAGUGUUGGAUCUAAUCAGUCUGUGUCGAUCUUGCAAUCUGAAUCUAAAUUCGGUAAUGACUAUAACAUGACUCCGUCAUCUGAUCUCAAUUUUUCCGAUUUCGGAUUAUUUCCAAGCACGACUUUUGGUGAUAUGUUGCAAGAAAAUAAGUGGUCUGAACCAUCUACAAACUCAGUUGAAGCCCCAUCUAGAACUACACCAGUGCCUAGCCCAGCCACAGUAUCGUCCAACCCACACACUCCUGUGGCACAGACUCAGUACUCUUCAUUUCCUUUCAGUCCACUCAUACCAUCACCAAAGGAUUCUUAUGAUUCUUGUGGUAGUGUGGAUAGAAUGGAAUCAGCUCGACUACGAACAUUGCUGAUGAAACGAACUGAUGGAUCAUCUGAAGACAACAAUGUAUCAAAGAACAAACAUAAUAUAUUAAAAGGAUUGUUGAAUCCAGAUGAUAUGGCUUCCCAAAGUGCAGAUGACGAGUCAACUAAUCACAGCACUCCACCAAGUCCUGCUAAUGUACGGCAAGCAUCUCGCAGCAAUUCUAACAUGAACGAUUCCCCAUCAACUCCAAAUAAUGCUACUACCAGCAAUAAUAAUAACAAUAUGUUGAUUAAGUUAUUAAAUGACAAAAGUGAAGAUGAAGAUAUUGAAGCUCGAGCAGGGCUUAAAAAACAAAAUGAUCUUCUUCAACAAUUACUAAAAGAUGAUGAUAAUGUUAGGCAGCAUGGAAUCAUGCUUGAGCAAAACAAUCAACACUCAAAUGAGGACCUAUUACUGAAUAGCGUGGGUUUUCGUAUUCUGUCCCCAACAUCACCUGACAGUCAUAACCAUGGCCGUAAACGUAAUAGCAUAAGUGCUGACGAUGAAAAUGAUCAUCCUCCAUUGAAGCGUACCAAUAGUUCUGGAGGAAGUUCAGGCCCUUCAGUUCUUGAAUCAAUGCCAAGCCCUAGUGGCUCUCAGGCACAAGUUACCAAUAGUAAAUUACGCGAGCGAAACAAAAUGCUUGCUUCAUUGUUAGCCAAAGAUCCUCCUCCUACUGCUAUACCAGCAAUACCGGCUUCUGUUAUAUCAGCUACACCACAAGAUAAAUUAGUUACUAUUAUAAAACAUCAGCAGCAACAACAACAGCAGCAGCAGCAACAAUCUGCUGGUGGCUGGAACAUGAACAGUGGACAACAUUCAAUGACUUCAUCAAGUGUGCAAACCCAACUUCAAAGUCACCAACGGAUUUUACUGCAAAAAAGUGGUAAUAACUUGUACCUAAAUCAUAUGCUGGAUCAACCACAGGCUCUCCAAAGUCAAAACCAAAUUCAAUUACAACAAAUGCGACAAGUUACCUCCUCAGCUAUUAGUGGUUAUAGUUCUCUAUUGAGUAAUAUAGCUGAAUCAAAUAGUAACUCAUUACCAUUUAAUUCGGAUCCAGAAUUGUCAGAUCUUUUAGAAGAAGUCAUGGACAUCAUGAAUGUUACUUCAGAUAAUUCGACAUUGUUAAACUUAUUCAACGUUUUAGAAACACCAAACGUCCCCAAUCCUGUUGGACAAAACACUACCAACCAAAAUUCUUACAAUUCUUUAAUGAAUGAAAAAAUGGCUGUUAAUGCAAUUCAAAAAUCUUUGAUGCAAGUUGAAUCUACAGUUGAAUCGCCUUCACCAUUAAACUAUGGUUCUCCAACUGGAAGCAAUCAUCAUGCACAAAACCAAUUUAUUCCACCUCCAGCAUAUCAACCACAACAAAAAAACAGUGUCAGAUUCAAUCCACAGCAAUCACCUAGGCCACCAUAUCCUAAGAAUGUUCAAACUCCGCCUUUGCAACAACAACAGUUAUUAUUGCAACAGCAACAGCAACAAAAACAAAGGUUGAUUCAGCAACAACAACAGAAGCAAAGACUUUUACAACAACAACAGCAACAAAAAAUAAUGGUUGUUACAACAAAUGCUGCAACUUUACCAACCCCAGAUCCUACCACUGCUUUGCAAACUAUAGAUUCAUUGUUAAAUAAUACUGGUCCACCUAAUGUUGCGUUACAACGUUCCUCGAGUGUACCUGAUUCACAAUCUCAACUAAGUCCAGUUUAUGCUGCUCCCUGCAGUGUGUUGCUCAAUUCGUCUCAGAUCUCACCUUCAUCUAACCGACAACCCCCCUAUUCUACUCUUACACAACAGUCUUUCCCUAUGUUAAACUAUGGAACUACUACACAAACUCAAACCACUACACAAGCGCAACAAAUUGUACAACAAGCCACUUCAAGAAUGUCUCCAUCAUCACAUUCACAAUAUCAAAAUCCUAUCAACCCCUGUGUUAGCCAACAACAGCAAACACAAAAUAUUUAUAAUAGCCAAACUCAACAACCUGGGGUGUGGACUCAACAGAGAUUGACAUUACAUCAACAACAGAAUCCUAUGCUUAAUGCUCAACUACAGAUCACUGGUGGUUUCAAUAACAGUUCUGUGAGACAAAAUUUUCUUAAUCAACAGCAACAAAGUCACGGAAGUGCCACUCGUGUACUAACAAGUCCUGUAGGUUAUAAUACCGAAGUACCACCUAAUACCAAUUGUCAGCCACAACAGCAACAACAGCAACAGCAAUUCCGGUUACCUAGAAAUAUAAAUAUGACAACUACUAAUUCACAAAUUCAGGGCGGGAAUAAUGGUGUCACAGAAUUUACUAGAAAUGAGCUGCGGGCAUUUGUAGGUGUUCGUAGUCAACAACAGGGAAUUACUCGGUUAUCUAACCAAUUAUUACCUGGACAAAAUGUUAAUUCCGCAGAACUCGAUUCAUUGGGCUUAAAUUUUGAUAUGUCUCCUACAGGUGGUAAUGAAAGUCCCAAGUGGUCUAGUUUAAAUUCAGAUUUAAGUUCGUCCUCACCACAGCCCCAAGGAAUGCCUGCAAGGAAUCCAAUGAAUGACUCUCCGAGAACUAGUAGUGCAAAUUCAACCACUAACGUAACAGACCAAAAAUCAUCUUCUCUUCUGCAAAAAUUGCUUUCGGAAAAAUAAAUAAAUACUUCUUUUUUACUUUUUGUAAAAGUGGGAAACAUUUUGGGAUGAACUGUUUUGGUUAUUUUUUUUUCAUAUUAUGUAUUUAGUUUUUUAUUUACUUAUUUAAUUUAAUAGUAAAAAAACAAUUUGGCAUUUUAACAAUUUAACUAUGUACAAACCUACCUACUUUACUUAAAUAGGUGUACAUAAUAUUUUUAGAAUAUAGGCUUUAAUGUUACAUGUUGUUUUAUUUAUUAAUAAGGAUAAGUUAUUAAUCAUUGUUUUGUUUUACUUGCCAAUGUAAUAUUGUAAAUUAGUUUCUAUUGUAGUUUUGAUAACAAUUUUACCUUGCUUUUUAUUUUAUUUUUUUUAAUUAUCGAUGGAAAUCAGUAUUUAAGAACAAUUAUUUUCAAUGGAGUCCAGUCAUAGUUAGCAUUUGUUCAUGUAUUGUGUUCAAUGUUCAUUUGUGUGCUCUUGUUAUUUGUGGUAAUCAAAUAGCAUCAUUCAUCAUAUUUGUAUAAUAUUAUAUACAGUAUACAGUAAUUAGAAAAAAUUUCAACAAAUAUUCCCUAUUAUUUUAUUUUAUCAGCACUUAAUAUAUAUUUAUUUUUUUAUUAUUAUUAUUACAAACACCUUUUUUUUUGUUAAUUUGUCAAUAGUUUUGUUAAUGUUUAUUGAUAUGUUUGAUCGUUAGUGCGUUUUACAAUACCAACUACAAUGAUCAGUUUAAUGUCAUUGGGUUUCAUACGGUGACUACAUAUCAACAAAAUGUCUUCCUACUAAUAUUAUUGAUUGAUUAUAAAUUAAUUAUUGAUUAUUUUUAUUUUAUUUUUUUUAAUUAUGUUUUUCUUUUUCUCUUUACCUUUCACUUUCAUUAUUGUUUUGAUAUAAUUAUUUUCUUUGGUCUUCCUGCAGUUUUAUUUCUGGAAUUUAUAGUAAUGUUACAUUCUAAGGUUCUUAAAUUCAUAGGUAUUGUCCUUUUCAGAUGUUUCAUAGUUGUCUGUAACUGGUAUACUAUUAAAAUUCAUCUAAAUAUAAAUAUUUUCAGUUAGAGUCAACACAUUCAAACCCCAAAUAUAAACAACGGGCUCUUACUCUAUGAUUUUAAAUUACCUUGUUAUAAGUUGAAUAUUAUUUCUUGUUAAAUUAGUUUUCUUCUUCUUCUUCUUGUUCCUCCUGGUAAAAGAUACUGGAUUCCAUUAUUCAAUUCACUUGAUCGAUUUAAUUAUUUUUAUCACAUGCUUAUUUCUCAAUUAAAAUACAGUGGCAAGCAAUUAUGUUUUUAAUUCCUAAUUGUGUUCAGCAAUUUUGCUUGUUCAUGUAAUAACAUUAUAUCUUUAAUAUUAUUAGAGGAUUAAAACACUUAUAACAAUUUUUAUAUUUUAUUUAAAAAUGUAUGAAAAACAAUUAUGUUUGUGAAAAAAUGUUUAACCAAGUAUCUUUUAACACGUUUUAAUAAUAAUAAGUCGUUAUUUUGCUUACUAUUAUUAUAUUUUUAUUAUUAUAUAUUAUUAUUUUUACUGUUGUUGUUGCGAGUUUUCUUUUUUUAAGUUCCUUUUGUUAUUAUUUACAAAUAAUUUUUUUUUCUGUCUUAAAACCUAGAUUUUUAAGAAGUCAUGUAUCAUUCAAUUUUAUUCCUAGGUGUACAUUCAUUUUAUUAUUAUUAUUAUUAUUAUUAUUGCCCAUUUUAUUAAUACAGUUAACUACAAUUAGUUAAAAUAUUAUCAACAGUAAGCACCAAACGCUGAAAUUGAAUUCUUCUAGGUUAUCUGGUUGAUGUUGUUUAAUGUUAAAAUUAGUAUAAUUAAUACACGUUUGGUGUUAUUUUUGAAAAAUAUAUAUGUAGGGUGUUAUUUGCCAAUUAAUAUUCUUAUAAUAUUAUAUUAUAGUUACCUAUGAAAUACACUCAGGUUAUUGCAAAAUAUAUAUGUAAUAUAGGGGUGUUUGUAUGUGGUGUAUUAUUAUUAUAUAUAUUUUUUUUAUAUAUAUAUAUAGUUUCAAGUCUAUUGUGUAAUGUUACACAACAAUAGCUUUAGAAUAAUUUAGAUUUAUCUAAUGUAUAAUUAUAUUUCUUAAAUUUUUAAGCAACAUUGUACAUUGACCAAUUUGGGUUAUUAUUAUUAAUUUUUAAUUUUUAAUUAUUAUUCAUUAAGUAUUCUUAACGCAGGGAGAUAUGCAUUGUUAAUGUGGGAAUGUGUGUGUUGAAAUAGUUAUUUUAUUUAUACACUUGUUUUAUAUGUAAAUAAUGUAAAAGUUGAUACUAAAUGUGAAGGUUAUAUGAAAUUAUCUCGUAUGUGAUAAUGAGAAAAAAAUUUUGCAAUUUUUUAUUCCAUUAUUUUUGUAACAGUUCUUAUUAAUUUAAUUUAAAAUGAUAUAUAUGCACGUUUUUCAUUUAAAUGAAUUAACAGUGUUAUCUUUUUUGAAAUAUAAUUUUAAUUUAACGUAAAGAAUAAAUAUUUUUGUUUAUUUAUUUAUAUUUUUUUUAGUAACAAACAUGACUCAAACAUUUCUCAAUUCUCAUGAAUUUAAAUUUUAAAUGCAAAAAAUUAAUUAACAAAAAAUAUAUUUUUAAACCUAAUAAUAUUUACUAUUUUUAAUAUGAAUGAGAGUAAAUUUUACAAUUUUAUAAAUAGUUUAUAUUUUUUCUGUGUUUUGAAAAAUAAGAAAUUUUAAGAAUGGUAACUCACAUAUUUAAGUAGCAUUAAAAUUUUAUUUUUGAAAAAUAUGUUAUCAAGUCGGCAUCUUGUUUUAUUAUUAUAUAAGUAUAUAAUUUCUGAUGAACUAAAUUACAUUUAUCGUGAAGUAUGUAUAUUAUACACAAAUUUAUAUAUAUUACAUACAGAUAUAUUAUUAUAUAUACAUUGUUUAAAAAAUAUUUAUUUAUGUACUACACAUUAAAUGUGAAUAAUUUUUUAAUGUAGAACUGUAUACCACAAGAAUUUACUAGUU